GUACUGCGCCAUCGCCGGUGACGUAACUCAGCUGGGUGGUUAGAAGAAAGCUCGCUCGCGGCUCCAAGGGGGGGAGACUCAGGACGACCCAAAGUAACACAUUUUACCGAAAAGCAAGACAUUUUACUCGUAACGGUCGUGUAUAAAUCGCCAGGGUCAAAGGUCGACACCAGCCCAAACUGAUCCCAGCCCACAGUGUCAGACAGACGACGGCAGCAGCACUGCACACAGACGCUAUGGAUCGCUCACCCACCGCCGCCAGCCUGAUGGCCAGCAACAUCACCAACAAGACCGACCCGCGCUCCCUCAACUCGCGGGUCUUCAUCGGCAACCUCAACACCCUGCUGGUCACCAAGGCGGACGUGGAGGCCAUCUUCUCCAAAUACGGCAAGAUCGUGGGCUGCUCCGUCCACAAGGGCUUCGCCUUCGUUCAGUUCGCCAACGAGCGCAACGCCCGAACCGCCGUCGGCUCGGAGGACGGGAGGAUGAUCGUCGGGCAGGUGCUUGACAUCAACCUGGCUGGAGAACCCAAACCACACCGGUCAAAAACCACCAAGCGCUCGGCUGGAGACAUGUACAGCAGCAGUUCCUCGUUCGAACUCGACUACGACUUUCAGAGAGAUUAUUAUGACAGAAUGUACUCGUACCCGUCCCGCGUGCCCGCCCCCCCUCCGCCCCCCUUGUCGCGCGCCGUGAUCCCGUCGAAGCGCCCGCGGGUCAGCAUGAGCGGAGGAAGCAGCAGCCGGCGGACGAAGAGCAGCUUCUCCUCUUCCUCCAAGAGCGGUCAGAGGACCUCUUCGUCCAAAACGAUGAAAGCGGACGAGCUGCAGACCAUCAAGCGCGAGUUGACCCAGAUCAAAAGCAAAGUGGACGACCUGCUGGACAGCCUGGAGCGCAUGGAGAAGGACCACGGCAAGAAGUCGGCUAAGGGGUUAAAAACGGAGCCGGGAGAGGUGACCUCGCCGCCGCACGCCAGCAGCAAGAAGGACGACACGCUGAAGAGGGAGCGAGAGUGCCAGGAGCUGAACGACUCUGACGACGACGACGACGACGACGACGACCUGCUGGAGGAGGACGAGGUGAAGAGCCAAGAGAGGGAGGACGAAGAUGACGACGAGGACGACGAGGAGGAGGAAGGGGAGCACGUGGACGGCGACGACGAUAUCGAAAGCGUCAACGGCGAAGAGGACUCGUAGGUCGAGGACCCCCGCCGACGCAUGCAGCGCAACCUCGGCUUCCAGUAGGAACUCGGACUCCUGUUUUUAAACACUCGUGUUGUAGAGCAAGCAAGCAUGGUGCACACCCGUGUGGCCCCCCCUUCCCCCCCUCCCUGUUGUCCCUCAAGCCCGGUCGUUUUUUUUUCUCGUUUAUUUCGUCCAGUUUUGCCGUACCAGGAAUAACUAGCCGUGGGUUUCGGUGUGUGUGUGUGUGUGUGUGUUUUGGUUUUUUACCACGUCGCCCUCUAGUGGAGACGGAGACACAAGACUGCUGAUGUUCUCAGAGACGACAGCUCGACGGACAUGUCUUAACGCCAGGACAACAACUCGGCUACGAAAGACCAGUUUUAGGUUCAGUGUUUGUUUUGUUUUUCUCUCUCAUUGUUGACUUUGUUUUGACCUUGUGUGUCUGUAUGUCGAGGCCCGUUUUCUUUUUUUAUACUAUUCGUAACUGUAAAGGAAUAAAUUGCAAUAAAAUAUUAAAAUAAAAGUCCUGUUCUUUUUUUCUUUAACUUGUUCACAAGGGGUAACCCAAGUCUAUUGUCACGGUCCCAAAGGUAAGUGGGAGUUUCCUGAGGAGGGAGGAGCUAUGAGUGGGCUUCCAGGAAGUGUUUUAAUGCUUGACACGCCCCCUCAUUGUUCAUCACUUAUUUGAUUGGACGCUGCAGCUGAGUACCAGAGAUGUGAAGAUGGAUAUAUUUGAUUUGUUUUCUGGUUACAAUGUUGGUCUGAACACUUUCUUCAUUCAUAAAAAAAGAUGUCUUAAUGCUG